CUCGGCCUGAGCGCUCAUCACAUCUCAACGUUUGCGGAAGGUUGUGUUGAGUUUCUGAGCGUCUAUCUCACGCGGCCUCGUCGCGAAAAUCUAGUUUACACAUGUUUGUUCGGGUCCAAGAGAACAUAUUCAAAGACAUAUUAAGUUACUAACACCCAUGGACAUGGAAGCGGUGAACGCCUUUAAUGGGGAGAUGUCGUCCAUGAUGGACAUGACUCCCCCGAUCUCUCGAGCCAAAAUGAUGUCUGUAACCAAAGCAGGAAUCAAAGCUAUCAAGCUUUACAAGCACGUUGUUCAAAUCGUGGAGAAGUUCAUCAAGAGGUGUAAACCAGAGCUCAAGGUUGCUGGGCUCUAUGUGGUCGACUCAAUUAUCCGACAAUCGCGCCAUCAGUUCGGUACGGACAAAGAUGUGUUCGGUCCAAGGUUUUUGAAAAACUUCACUGUUACAUUUCAGAACCUUUUCCAGUGCCCCGCCGAUGACAAGGGGAAGAUAUUGCGUGUGUUGAAUCUGUGGCAGAAGAAUGACGUGUUUAGCAUGGACAUCAUUCAGCCACUGUUAGACAUGGCCACAGCUCCUGUACUCCCUGUUGUGGAGAAUGGAUUUACAGCUGCGGCACCUCCAGCUGUGCCAGUGCCAGUGGCAGUGCCAAUCCCAGUGGCAAUGGCAGUGCCGGAGCCAGCGCCAGUACCGGCACCAGCACCAACUGUUGCUACGACAGCAACAGCGGCCCCGCCCAAUCAAAUUCAGAACCCAGUGGCCCUUGCUGCAGUCGCCCAGCUCCUCCAGGGCACAGGGGGCAUUGAGUUACAGCAGCUGAUCCAAACUCUCCAGCAGGCUGGAGGGGCGGGGCUUCCUCAGGCCACUGCCCCGCCCCCUGAGCAAAAACCAUCAUUAGCUAAGUCUCUGCUAGAUCGAUUUGAUUAUGAUGAUGACCCCGAACCUGUGGAGGAAAAGACUGAACCAGCUCCUGCAGCUCCUGUUACCAUAAACCUACCACCAGAAUUACAGCAAGCCCUUCAAGCUCAUCUUCUAAGCCAAAUCGUUAACCAGACGCAGAUGCAGGGUCAGAUGAUGUCGCAGGGUCAAGUGCCGGCCCAGGGUCAGGUGGCACCUCAGGAGUUCCCAGCGACUGUUCAAACCCCCCAGAUACCAGAUAACCCUCAUCAAGUCUUUGAUGAAAGUGUCAUACAGCCUAGUACAACCCAACAGCUACAACAGGCUUCAGCUGAGUCCGAACGCCCAGUGCAUGAUGGAAGAGAUCGAAGACACAGCAGACGGACGAGAUCAAGGUCUCCACGGAGACGAUCAUCAUCACGCUCACGAAGGUCACGGUCCGGUUCACGUUCCCACCGAGAACGGUCGAGGUAUCACCGUACACGUUCACGAUCCAGAGAGCGCCGAGGCCGUUCCCCACGAGCCCGAUCAGAGGAGAGGAGAGACAGGGAGAAAGAGCGAGAGCGGCGGCAGAAAGGACUUCCACCCAUCAAGAAAGAAACUCUAAAUGUGUGCAGUACUACAUUAUGGAUCGGACAGCUGGACAAAAAGACUCAGCAGCAGGACAUCAUGAGUCUGAUGGAGGAGUUUGGACAGAUCGAGUCCAUCAAUAUGAUUCCUCCCAGAGGUUGUGCCUACAUUGUCAUGGUGCACAGACAAGAUGCCUACACAGCUCUGAACAAACUCAGCAGAGGGGCUGUUAAAGUCAACCAGAAAACUAUUAAGAUCGCAUGGGCGUUGAAUAAGGGCAUAAAGACGGACUUGAAGAAGUAUUGGGACGUGGAGCGGGGCGUCACGUAUAUCCCGUGGGAAAAAGUGAAACCUGAUGAUAUUCGAAGUCUUCAGGAAGGAGGCAUGCUUGAUGCUGAAACACUCAAACCAGAGUGGAAAAGUGUUGUGGCCAAGCCGGCUGUGCCAGUAACAGAAGGACCUGAAGGAAAACAGGAAGACGGAGCUGCACUACCAGCGGUAUCACAGGUAAAAUACGAGGGGUUUCCUACAGAACUCCUCAAGGGUGUUCAGUGUCUCGGUCAAAUUUUCUGCUCUCGUUUCGUCUCGUCUUCGGCAUAUAGGAGGCAAACAAUGUUUCUGUGUUCUUUGCUUUGCACUGACCGUUUACUGGUGCAUGGUUGCCAUCAUUUCUGGCAAAUGAAGAGCCAUAGAGCACAAAAUAAAACAAGGUUAGUGUCAUGACUGUCUAGUUUUCUUUCCGUGCUUCAGUGGCAUCGCUUUCAAUGACGGAUUUUGUCACAACACGGUCACUGCUGUUCUAAAGAAGAGCUUAUUUUGCAUAAAUGUGUGUCUGUAUUAAGCCAGCCUAUGACAGUUGACAUGCACACAGUCUCAAAGGCUCUUCUAAAUCUGUUGUAUAUGUUUUAGAUGGACUCGGUUGCUUUUUAAAAAACUUUCAAUACUUCACUGAAGUUGUUGAAAUGACUUGUACAUGUUACUUAGAUUGCUGCUCAAAUGAACAGUUCACCCAAAAAUGAAAUUUUGCUGAAAAUGUACCUAUCCUCAGGCCAUCCAAGAUGUAGAAUAGUUUGUUUCUUCAUCAGAUUUGGAGAAAUGUUGCUUUAUGUCAGUUGCUCACCAAUGGAUCCUUUGUAGUGAAUGGGUGCCGUCAGAAUGAGCGUCCAAACAGCUGAUUAAAAACAUCACAAUAAUCCGCACCACUUUAGUCCAUCAAUUAACAUCUUGUUAAGUUAAAAGCUGCGUGUUUGUAAGGAACAAAUCAGCUGUUAGCUGUCUCAUUCUGACGGCACCCAUUCACUGCAGAGGAUCCAUCGGUGAGCAUGUGAUGUAAUGCUACAUUUCUCCAAAUCUGUUUCCAGGAAGAAACAAACUCAUCUUCAUCUUUUAUGGCCUGAGGGUGAGAAUUUUCAGCAAACUUUCGUUUUUGGGUUAUUUUUUUCUUUAAAGAUGCACAGAUGCAAAUAGCUGUACUUGAGAUCAAAAACUCAAUUUUUAGUAAAUGUAAUUUACCAGCUUCAGAUUUGACCCAAAUUUGACUAUUUGUGAAACAAGAACAGCGUCAGCAAGCAAUGCAGUACACAAGCUCUAAACGGAAAUAACAUUCGGGAACCCAAAGAGACCAUGCAAUAUUAAUUGUCUUGUUUUCUCCAUCACAACUUAAGUUUAUUAUGAUCUUGACACAAAAACAAGUUUUUCUGACAAGAAGUAUUAAAUGUAAUGGUAUUGCGCUGCCUCCAGAUAAUUUAUCAACAUUAAACGUCUGUCAUUCUUAUAUAAUUAGCCCUAAAUAGUAUGAUUUCCAUUGUUUAGUUACUGUAUAAAAUGGAACACACACAGAGAGAGUGCCUUAUAAAUAAAUGAACUUUAUUAGAUAGAUUUAAAUGAUCUAUUUCAAAGAGAAGACGCACUGUGAACACAACACGGGUUGUUGUUUCUCUUCAGAUGGUUGAAGUGAAGUAAACAGUUUACUGUUCUGUGUUCUAUCUACAAAUGACACUUCACAUACAUGCACUCCAUAACACAGUGAAGCUCAUAAACUGGGCCAGGAACCAAAGGUUUAGGAAUCACUUUUAGAGGGAAACCACAAUUUUGGUGCGUCACUGGCUGAAUUAGGCAGAAGGCGGAAGAACAGUUGCUGGAAAGACGCAAAAGAGGACAACAGGUGGGUUCAGGAAAUGCAAGGAAAAUCAAAUAUAGGUCAUGAGUCAGCUUAAUAUGAUACCACAUGAAUUUUAUUUAUUGCUAUUAAAAUGUUCGUUUACGUUAGGUUAAGAUGUUUGCAUCUCAAAUGUAUAGAAUAUUAUUUUAAUGGUAAAAGAACAAUCUAGCUUUACUAAAAUGUACAUGGCAAAAUACUUCUAUGCUAAAGAUACCUCAUACUUUUUUUUUUUUUUUUUUUUUUCUUUUUUUAUUACAAAAGUUGUAAUUUGUCCUAAUGAGUGUAUUAAGAAACAAAAACAUCUCUAAGAAAGGAACACCUUACAUUUUUUUCAGUUAUCUACAUUUUGAGGAAACUAAGAAAAUGAGAUUAAAAAUGUGCACCUUUGAAAAAGGUACAGCUUUAAAACGAUAAUCUGUAGUGAUAUUAGAAGCUUGAGCCUAAUGAAGAUCUCCACUCAGUUGGAAUGAGUUUGUAGGUUUGGUUUUGAAGAUGUUCACUUCCAGAACAAAAAUGCACAGAUAAUUUACUCACCCCCUUGUCAUCCAAGAUGUUCAUGUCUGUCUGUCUGUCUUCAGUCGUAAAGAAAUUGUUUUUCAAGGAAAACAUUUCAGGAAUGUUCCCCAUAUAGUGGACUUCUAUAGUGUCUGUGAGUUUGAACUUCCAAAAUGCAGUUUCAAAGGGCUCUAAGCAAUCCCAGCUGAGGAAUAAGGGUCUUAUCUAGUGAAACGAUCUGUUAAAAAAUAAUUACAAUUUAUAUACUUUUUAACCUUAAAUGCUCGUCUUGUCUAGCUCUGCAUGAAUGGUGUAUUUCUGUUCAAGACUGUUAGGGUAUGUUGAAAAACUCCUAUCUCAUUUUCUCUUCCAACUUCAAAAUUGUCCUACAUCACUGCAGAAAUACCAACCCAGUGUUUACAAAGUGAACAUGGAAAGGAGAUCAAACGGCUAUUACAAAAAAGGUAAAAUAGGGAUGUAGGACGAUUUUGAAGUUGUAGAAGAAAAUGAGAUGGGAGUUUUUCAGCAUACUCUAACUGUCUUGAACCAGAUUGUAGAUAAUUGUAGUUAUUUUUUGCUUCAUUUAGUGCUCUUUUUGUUCUCGUCUCUUGUUAACUCCUGAACCACUCUGACCGGGUCAAUCCACGAGUUGUCUGACAGGUUCAGUGAUUCGCAAACUGACUGUUUUGACUGAGUUAUUGAACCAUCAAGAAUUAAUUUGAAUAUUUGCUAGUCCUGAACAGAGAAAUUGAGCAAAAGCAAAAAUACAAUAACUAUAAAUAACAUCUUAAUCCUAAAUCAGUGACUUCUUAUGGCAAGACAUUUUAAUUUGCAUUAAUAAAACUAGAUUUUGGUUUAUGUAAGUGCUGCUGAGGGAGAUAUCUGGCUUUGUGCAUGAAGAAUUCUUUUUGAGAAAACGGCCCCAUGGGAAGCAUGCCAACAUAUAAUGUUGUCGCACUUCGGGUGUCCCAGGUUCGAGUCACAAGUUGCAGACCUUUCCCGAUGCCAUCCCCUUCUCUCUCUCUCCCACUUCAUUUCCUGUCAAUACUUAGUUGCCCUAUCACAAUAAAAGCCAAAAUGCCAAGAAUAUAUCUUAAAAGAAGCAAGAAGCAGAAUAGACCAAAAUUGACCAGUGCAUGAAAAACACAAGUGUCUUUCCUUAAUCAAUAGAAGACCUUCAGUAUUGAAAAGCCACAGGAUCUCAGACUGAUGCUCUACCACCUUGAUACUGAGAAGUGAUGCUUGUAACAAUGCUGCUGCCCAAAAGUUACCUAACGUUUUUUUCACUAAUUACCUCAGUCAAGUCGAUGAUAUUAAAUGCACGUUUUCUACAGACAUUAUGCUCUUAGUUUAAAAUGCAUAGGUUAGUGAAAAUAAACCUUUGUUUAAGUCACAUUCUUAAAAAUAAAGGUUCUUAGGUGCCAUCUGUGGUUCCUUGAAGAAACUUUAACAUCCUUGGAACUUUUCCAGUGCACAAAAUAUAGUAGAAAAAUGUUCUUCACACUAAGAAAAAAAAAAAUGGAAGUUUUAAGGGAAACAAAAAUGGUUCUUUUAUGACAUUGCUGGGAAAACACCUGUUUGGAACCUUCAUUUUUAAGAUGGUAAGACAAUUUAAAAAAAAAAACACCUUUGCUCUUAAGUCCCACAGCACCACAAUUUUUCUGUCUGGCUUAUUCAAUAUCGGCUGGCAUACUAAAUGUUUAGUUGGUUCUUCACGUAACCUAAUGUCCAGAAACUCGUUGAACAGCCCAGCAGUGCUUUGUUCAAACUAACGACGGUGUAUUGAAAUGACACGUGGGUUAAUGCAUUUUUAGAGCUCUUCUGCUGCUUUUGAAUGGAAUGAAAUCAUCAGUAUUCUCCAGUGGACUCACAAAGGUGAUGCUGGAUUUUGGAUGUUCGUCUGCUUUGCGGUUCUAUGAAGAACUCCGGUGCUGGGAAGGUAAACGGUCAUUAAUUUCAGGACGGUAGUUAUUAGUUGAACCUAAACUUCACUCAGCCACAUACACACGGAAAGGUAAUGGCUUAACACCAGGAUGAAUGAAGUUUCACAGUUCUAAUCUAGUGAUUUUUCGCUUGAAAAUUGCAGCGCAAUACUUGCAUUGCAAAACUUUUAAACAACAUUUUCGUUGUUCAGGAUUCAAAUCUUGAGUAUGAAAUGCGCACACCUCGUUUUCGAAACGGCACAGUGACAUGCGUAGAUUGGAGAGGUGGAGCGUUGUCUCUACUGAUCUACCACAGCGAUGGCCUUGUGUACCUCUGGAUUGAGUCUUUCAUGAAACGGCAUCACCAAAUGGUGAUUGGUUGGAAUCGGCUGGAAUCAUUUUGGUCGGGCGACCAGGAUGUGUGAUAUUCUGGAGCGUCUGCUCUCUUUCCUCGAAGGAACCAGAGAUUUGGUAAGGUGAAAUUCUCUUUUGUUUGACUUUGGUCCAGCCACGGUUUUAGGCCACGCGUUAAUGGCCUAUACUUGCGUUUUUCAUACUCUGCAUAAACAUGACUUUCAGCUGAUAUUUUCAACAUGCAAAAUGACAGAAAACAUUUUUUUGUGCCAACGUAUGCAAAAUUUAGCCUUGACGCUAUCGUCUGAGAUAAAGUAUGAACUUUAUUUUCUGCUGAAGCAGCAAGUGUUAACUUAAUAGUGAAAACAAGUUCUUUACUGGCAUCAGUGGUUUCAUGAAGAACCUUUAACGUCAGUGGAACCUUUCCUUUCCACAAAAGGUUCUAUAGAACCUUCAAAAAUGAUCUUCAAAAAAAAAAAAAAAGGUUCAUGGUGAACCAAAAAUGGUUCUUUUGUGGCGUCACUGCAAAAUUACACUUUAUGUAGGUUUAGGGUACUGUUAUAUUUUGCAGUAUGUGAACCAGUAAGUAAUAUGCUUUGAUUUGACCUUGGCAUGUUUUAUUAUUUUCAAAUAUGUUGCCUUUCGCAGCCCAAUUGAAUUACGAUUCGAGAAAAAGAUGGUUGGUCACAAUUGACAUUGGAUUGAUUGUUUACUGCACAUGUUGACAAAUUUAGCAUGACAGCUAGGUAUUAUAUUCAUAUAGGAAAUCUGCACAAUGUGCAUCCUCCAAAUAUGACCAUAGUUAAAUAACUUGGUUUCAAUAAAGAAGUCAUAGGGCAUUUCAAUGCAUAGAUUUUUAAACCAUGGGCAAAAAUGCAUCUAAGUAGAUAUUUGAUACUACUAAACAUUUUUAUGCCCUUAACACAAUCUAAUUUGACAGCAGAUUCAUUGUGUUCUACUUGAUUCUUCUAUUCUAUUCUAUUCUAUUCUAUUCUAUUCUAUUCUAUUCUAUUCUGUGCCCCCAAAAAAGGAUUUGGACAUAUCUUUCACACUUAAUUUCUGAAUUUCAUUGUAUCAGAUGUAAAAUAUCAAACAUAAUGUCAUCUGUACAUACAUUAUGCUGGAGCUUUUCUUACUUUUCUGAGCUGCCACCUUGAUUGCUUUUUAAUCAACUGGUCUCAGUCUUUUUUUUUUUUUUUUUUUUUUUUUCCCUGUGGAUCAGUGAAGUCAGUUCUCCCUGCAAUUACCCAUGUGUCCUUGCUGAAUCAUCACCGUGCAAGACUUUUAGUCUCUUUUUUUUUUUCUUCUUUUUGUUUCAUCUUGCUUCAUUGAGAAAAACAGUUGAGGUAGCAUUUACCUUAAAACAAAUUUCACUCAGAAAUUGUUUAUUGUUAAAAAAAAACAAAAAAAAAAACAUGAAAUUUUGUUAUAUGAUGGAAAUAAUUUCUACACAUUUGUGGCCACUUUAUCUCCCACAAGCGAAAUGCCGUUUUUCACAGACGUGAUACAGUGAAAAACAGUGGAGACUUCAUCUUAAUUUAUGCAUCUUUGUAAUUGUGACUUAACCUGAUAAUACUAUUUCAAUUGAUUGUCAGGUUCAUACAUUUUUUAUAAAGCACAACAUCAGCGAUAGGAUGGAAAGACACCCCACCUAAUAAAUACUUAAUGAAAAUAAACAACCUUAGUUCUUUAGCUUAAUUGAGUUUAUGAUUGCAUAGCAACAUCACUUUAUUAUUAAUUUAUUAUUGAAUAUUAAUUUACGCUAUAUUAAUAUUGAAUUCAGGAUUAAUGUUGAAUAUGCUCACACAGGAGUUUAUUGGUAUUUCACAACAGCUUCAAACAUAUCCUUUUAGUAUAUAAAAUCUGAAUUUGUUAAUCUAAUCCAGUGUCUGUUUUGGUAUUUUUUGGGAGCACUUUUAAUAUCUUAAGUCCACCAUUAGAUAUUGUAAUCCAAAACCUCUAUGGCCAUUUCAUAUGUAAAUAAUCUUCUCUCCUCUGGAGGAAACAACAGUCACAAAAUGAAAAUCAUUCAUUUUCUAACAUCUGCUACGGCUCGCUUGUUCCUCAUUUGCUUCUAAAUGACUGCAGUUCAUCAGCUCAGAUGUCUCCACAUGUGCAGGGCUGUUUUCCUGUUGUAGUGUGAAGAUACUGUCAGUGAAAUCUGUCUGUGUUUAGGACAGAGCUGUAUGCUAUUAAACUAACAUGAACUGACUGAUAGUGAACCAUUUUAUUUGCCCAGGACCACCUAUCCUAUGUAGACAUUAAAAUAGGACUUUCGUUCUUUUCUAGCAGUUUAGUCCCAGGAUUUUUUUUUCUACUUAAUACUCAUUGCAAAUUGAUAUCAUGCUCGGCUCAAUUCAGGGAUUGUGAGUCUACAGCAGGCUGGGCUUUAAACUCCCCUACAGGAGAUCAGACUCUCAGACUUUAAUGGCAAACUACAUGAUAUCUUAACUGUUUACAUACUGGUAUGCUUAAGUUUUAUAGAUGUAUGUUUAACUUGGAAGCUUCUUCCCUUAUUACUAGCAUCAUGCCUUUGUAUGACAGUAAUAUGCUUAACAGUUUUCUGGUCAUUAUCUGAACUGGAAAUCUGACUGAUUUGUGUUUUCAUUGCUUUUUCCUUCUGUUUUGGCACAUCAAAUAGUGUAUUUCUCUCUUUUUGUUUGUUUUCUUUUUAUUUGAAUAUA